AUGGCCGGCAGUCUGACCCACCACGGCUCCCCGAACCCCGGCUACAGCGCCAACAACGCCGUCACGGUGCCGGUCAUCAUGCAGACGGACUCCAGGGACAAAUGGAGCAAAAAAAUGGAUUUUCUCCUGUCUGUCAUUGGCUUUGCGGUGGACCUGGGAAAUGUUUGGAGAUUUCCGUACAUAUGUUAUCAAAACGGUGGCGGUGCUUUCCUGAUUCCUUACAUUUUGAUGGCCAUUUUUGGUGGUGUGCCCCUCUUUUACAUGGAGCUGGCACUUGGGCAGUUCCACAGAACUGGAGCCAUAUCCAUAUGGAAACACAUUUGUCCCAUUUUUAAAGGUAUAGGAUAUGCCAUAUGCAUCAUCGCUCUGUAUGUGUCCUUUUACUACAACACCAUCAUCGCCUGGGCCCUCUUCUACUUCUAUUCCUCGUUCUCCAGCAUCUUGCCCUGGACAAACUGCGACAAUGUGUGGAACACCCCUGACUGCACCAACUAUUUUGGCAUGGACAACGUCACUUGGACAAAUUCCUCCAGGUCUCCGGCAGAGGAAUUUUACACGAGAAAUGUUCUUGAGAUCCACAAGUCAUCAGGGUUGAGAGACGUUGGGGGUGUUCGUUGGCAGUUGAUGCUUUGCCUCUUUCUCAUUUUCACUAUAGUAUACUUCAGCCUCUGGAAGGGUGUGAAGACCUCAGGGAAGGUUGUGUGGGUGACUGCCACAUUGCCUUAUAUUGUGCUGUUCAUCCUGUUAAUUCGAGGGGCCACUCUGCCAGGAGCUUGGAGAGGUGUGGUGUUUUACCUGAAACCCCAGUGGGAUAAGCUGCUGGAGACUAGUGUGUGGGUGGAUGCUGCAGCUCAGAUAUUCUUCUCUCUGGGCCCUGGCUUUGGAGUUCUCCUGGCUCUUUCCAGCUACAACCCUUUCACAAAUAACUGCUAUCGUGAUGCCAUUGUGACCAGCUUGGUGAACUGUUUGACGAGCUUCGUGUCGGGCUUCGUAAUCUUCACGGUGCUGGGCUACAUGGCAGAAAUGAGGAAGGUAGAAGUUGAGGAUGUAGCCAGAGACAAAGGACCGAGUUUACUCUUCAUCACAUACCCAGAGGCCAUUGCAAACAUGAUGGGCUCGACUUUUUUUGCAAUCAUCUUUUUCGUGAUGAUGAUCACACUGGGACUGGACAGCACGUUUGGAGGACUGGAGGCGAUCAUCACUGCUGUGCUGGAUGAAUACCCAGAUCUCUUCUCUCACAGACGUGAACUUUUUGUGCUGUGCUUGGUAGUCGUCUGUUUUUUGGGUUCUCUGAGCACACUUACAAAUGGUGGUGCCUAUGUGGUGAAGCUGCUGGAAGAAUUUGGAGUAGGAUGCUCCAUUAUUGCAGUGGGGUUCCUCGAGGCCAUUGCAGUUUCCUGGUUCUAUGGUAUCAAUAGAUUUAGCAGUGAUGUACAGGCAAUGCUAGGAAAAGCCCCGGGAUUAUUCUGGAGGGUGUGCUGGGUCGCCAUCAGUCCAGCAUUUCUGGCGUAUAUCAUAGUGAGCUCCUUGCUGAAAGCACCACCCCUCGCGCUGUUUGAUUACAAGUACCCAGACUGGAGCAUCACAGUGGGGUACAUCAUCGGCCUCUCAUCCUUCAUGUGGAUCCCCAUCUAUAUGGUCUACAAGCUGGUGUGGACCCCUGGUUCUCUGAAACAGAGGUUGGCUGUAUGUCUGAGACCAGAGAGGACCAUCCCAGACAUCCACGCUGACAACCUCAACAUGGCUUCUGUACCCUAGGGAGAGAUUAACAUCUCAUUGUGUUUGUAAAUUCCUUUUCUUUUUUUUUAUCUUCAAACCAGUUUCAAGUUAUAUGUGAUUGAAACUGUUCUGACAUCGUGACUGUUCACCUGAUAAUGAUGUCAGCUAACUUUCACUGGAUUUGUCUGUGAAAAGUUAAAUGCUGCUACAUUUGUAAAACUGAGAUAGCAAUACUCAUAUCUAAUUGCUCCAUGUAAGAUUCAGACCUACACCAACAAGACAGUUUAUAGCUUUCUCAUGUUGCCAUUUUCAAGUGUGUUUCUUGUAGUUGUAGGAGUCAGUGGUGAGCUCAGUGGUCUGUCUGUAUUUAUCUGACAAGGACACAAUGCCAAGGACAAUAAGCAUGUAUUUUCAAACGAACAUUCAACACAUUUCUAUGGCAUGGGAACAACUCUUCUUACAUUUUCUGAAAUCCACUCUGCAUGCAGUGGAGAUGUUAGCCUUGAAACGGCGGGAUUAUCAAAGUUUUUCAAUGUUAAACUAAUCAAAGAAGCAGCUUAUUGUAUUUAAUGGAAGAGUAAAAAGGACCAGUUGUAAAAUAGUUUAUCAGUUAAUUACAAUCUUUAGUAGAUACACUGACAGAAUUACUUGACAGUGGCUGGAUAUAUCUGGAUAUGAAUAAAUAAGUAAGCAAAUAAAUAACUUUUUCCCUUUGGAGUUAAAUGAAGCAUCUAGAAAAAGCCCAAAUUAUAUUUUUUCUAGAAUUAAACAGUGAACCAACCAUUGUCCAAGGAAUUUAUAAUUUGUAUGCAGAUGUAUGUGUUUCAUUGAAGUUAUUUCAAAAGGUGAUUCCUGGUCUCUGUCUGGUGGCUUGAUUUUAAACUCCAGUCAGAUUGUUUUGCCUUAAUCUGAAUACAAGUUAAUGGUAAAGAUAAUAUUGGUUUUUGUGCCUCUCCAUGAAAGAUUUUCACUCUAACUAAAGACUGUUCAGAUGUCUUUGCAGAUAAACUAUGUUUUAGUUACAAGUGUUAACUUAUCUAAAAUGCAUUAUUCAGAAAUUGUGAUGAUUAUUGUGUCC